AUGGUGUCGACGGGUCUCGACGGGGACCCUAUUGUACCUGCUGAUUACUACCUUUCGGCGGCGACCAGCCAGUCCUACCGCCGUGCAGCACAUACAGCGAGCGAGCUUGGUCGCCAAAAGAUGGUCGACCCACUGAGCUUGGUGACCGCGAUCCUGACGGUCGUGCAUCUGAUCGGAAGCGCGGCGUUGACGGCGCGCCAGAACAAGGAUAAGUGCAUGGAGCUAGCCCGACGCACGCGGAAUCUGAGCUACGGCCUGCCGGACUACGCAAAGGCGGCUGGAAACAACAUGGCGACGGUGCACGGGCUGGAGAGGCUCAGAGAUGCCCUCGACGAAGCCUUCACGAUCAUCAAGUCCUGCCAGGAAAGCUGUAUCCUGUCAGGUAUUCGCAGCAGCAGGAGGGCCGACAACUUAGAUAACGUUGAUAGGAAGAUCACCAACUGCAUAUCAGACCUCAACUUCUUCAGCCUAGCUCCUAAUCAGACCAUGAUCGCACAUAACAUAACAGCGGCUGGCUCAGUCCCAGGCCCAGCUCAAACCUAUGACUACGCCUCCUACUAUCAAGCACAAGGAGCUCCCUACAGUACUGCCUGUGUUGGCUUCCCUCCACCGCAGUACGCAACCAUGAAUAUGCAGUGGAUUCCAGCUCCUGCUCCCUACACUCCUGCUCCAGCGCGUUCUGGUUCUAAUUUAUCUACUUUUUACACACUUCCAACUGUCAACAAGAUCUUUGACCGUAUGUUCCGCUAGUGUUCGUGGCAUCUGGCGUCAUCUUCUCAAAACGAGAGCUUUGUAUCCAUUUUAUGCACUUUCUGGUGACUAUGAAUGAAAAACAUUUGCAGUAAUUAUGUC